AUGGUGGAGUACAAACAUUUUAAAAAGUCAAGGUAUAGCUGUGACUUUUCAGUACUUGUCUCAAAUUCCAGAGAAGAUUGUUGGUUGCAAGAGGAAAGAGAAUUUCAGGCCAAAUUGGAUUGUGAACCAUCAGUCUGUCCAGAUAURUAUGACCCACUGAAUUCUAUAUGGGUUAUAUCCAAGAUAACAAAAGAAACAGAGUCCCUUAUAGCAUAUGGCCCAGAGGAAAUCUGUGGUGUCGCUGCUGGCAGUCUCUGUAUGCCAACAGCGAAAAAGAAUUGUGUUGUACUUGGCUGCCUGCCAGUGAAAAUGCAAAAGUCAGAKGAUUCAUGCUACUUAUAUACAUGGUACCACAAUGGMAGUCUGUUUAAGGAAGGAAAGARRUGUUGCCUCAUCUAUGUUUUCAGCCCAGGUUCAUAUAAAUGCAAGCUAACACUCGGUAGUCGUCAAGAAGUCAGCAGAGAAGUGAUGGUUGUUCAUAAAUUAGUAGACAACAUCUCAAGAGCUGAUCAAUACUGCAAUGAUAGCAGUCUGAGCAAAGUCAUCUCAUCAAGUACAUGUAAUGAUGCAUCAACCACCCCAACAGAAACAGCCACUGCACAUCUAGAGUCAUACAGCAAWUAUGUAGCYAUCCUCACUAGUGAUGAUGAAGACCAAGCUUUUAUAGCUGCCAUUGAAGAAAGCACAAAAGACAACAAUGACAAUGAAGCACUAAUGGACACUAUUAAAGACAGCACAAAGGAGGAAGAAAACACCUCACCCCCAUCCCAGGGCCACACAGAAAUUAUACAGAAAUAUGUAUCAGAAAAUAUCCAAGCUUGGAAUAACACUACUAUUGUCAUAAGUCGCAAAUCAAUUCUGCAAACUACAAUAAGGGCCACGAACAGAAAGUCCUUUUCUUUCUUCAAUCCCUUGACAGUUACUUUUGCUGGCGAGGAAGGUGUUGAUGAAGGUGGGCCAAAACGCGAGUUCCUUCGCCUCCUUAUGUUAGCUUUGGCAGGUUCACCGGUAUUCCAGGGUUCAUGGCUGUCCCAUGACCUUAGUCUGCUAAAUGGAAAGAAGUAUGAAGAGCUUGGGAAGCUAACUGCAUGGAGUGUGUUGCAGGGAGGGAAUGGCCCAAGGUGUUUGUCUGAACAAGGAUAUAAGUUAAUGAGAGGUUUCAAGUACAACAAGACAACAGCCAUCGAGGAGGUUUGUCCUGAUCUCAAGCCAAUACUCAAAACCAUUGAUGCUGCAACAUCAGAGGAAGAUUUUGCCAAAUGCAAAGGGAAGUAUUCUGAUACGAUUGCGCAAUAUGGUUAUUCAAGAAUCUAUACAUCAAAGAUGGUAGACAAGGAAGAAAUUAUUGACUGUUUACUCAGACAGUACUAUGUUUAUGGUGUCCAGUCAGAAUUUCUACAGUUGAUUGAAGGAAUGAAUAGCAUUGGUAAAUUUGGGGACAUYCUGAUGGCAMAUGASUCAGUGUUUAAUGCUGUUCUUGGUAAUAAGAAGGAGAAGCUUACUGCCUCUAAGUUCAAGUGUCUUUACACAGUAGAGAAUGCAGAGAAAGGCUCAAACACAAGAAGCAUGGAAGACAGUACAAUGUACUGUUUUGAGCUAUUUCUGCUAGACCUUGAGGAGGGAUUGGCUGAUGGAGUGGGYCUUGAAGAUUUGCUAGUAUUCAUCACCGGAGCAGAAUCACCUCCAUUGCUAGGCUUUGAUUGUCCCAUAACAAUUCAGUUUUAUAACUCUGUUGGCAAAGAAAAAAGAUACCCAUCCUCAUCUACCUGCUCCCUCACACUCUAUCUGCCAAGAGGUGUGGAGGAGCCUGAUGAUUUCAAGAAGCUGAUGAGAGACUCCAUCCUUGAGUCCCAUGGGUUUGGAAAAGGCUGAAAGACUUGUUUUGCAUAUGUGCAUAAGUACUAGUCUUCAUUUUACAACAUGUAAAGGUGUUUCAGUUUUUUAAAUACACUUGUUGAUGGUUACAUUUCUGCAGUACUGUUUCAGGUUAAACAUAGUGCUGUAUUUAGUAUGUAUUCACUUACUGUUUUUUAAACACUCUUUGUUAUAUUACA